AUGGAAAACAUCAAGGCUCUCUUAUUUUGUGUCUUCUUCCCUCUAACUGUAGUAUCUGAUAGUGUGUCUUUGUAUCCAUCUGAGUCCAUUGUAGCUCCUUUUGGGAUUACUGUCUCUUUUAUUUGCUCUUUUAAUUUCAGUUCACAACAAGGCACUCUUCUAGUUUGGAAUAUUAGUAAUGAGAUACUGCUGUCAUCAUCACCAGACAGAGGGAUCACAAUUAAUACAUUAAUAGCUCAAGCUGGAGUGUCCAAACUGUCAGUUGUUCUUAAUUCUACUAAUUCUGACUUACAUAUUCAGUGCCAAGCAUGUCCUGGAUCACUUGGAUGCAAUAUUUUUUCACCUCCUCAAUAUUUUUCAAACUCUACUGAUCCAGUGCAAGUGAUUGCUUUUGGUCCACCCAAUUCUUCUUCAUUAUCCCACGAGUUAAGAGAGAAUGCUACUGUCAAGUUGUCAUGGUCGCCUCCUCUAGUAGAAGCCGUACUAUUAUUCACAUAUAAUAUAAUAAUAAUGGAGUCAACUGAUAAUUCACUGACAGUAACUAAUAUAAAUAUUACUAACAAUACAUAUGUCAUAAUAUCACCAAGGGACAUAGUGCAGUAUACUCAAUGUAAGGAGUAUCAGUGGGGGGUGAGAGCAGCUGGUAGUAAUGUCAGUCUACAUGGAUUUACUAAUAUAACAAUUGCAGCUACUAACUUUACCAUUAUAUCAGCUCCCUUUGUUUCUGAUGAAUUGAUCAUUUCUGUAAACGACAGUACUUCUUACAGUCUUCAUUUUAACGUAUCUUUACCGUGUGAAUAUAACGACUUGUUUAAUAACUAUACUUACACACUAUUGCAAAGAGAUUACUGCAAACGAGAGAUUAAUUCGUCAUUGAUUGAGAUCACAUCCGAACAAAUUGAUGAUAAUGAUGGAUCGACUGUAUCAAUCAGUGUUAGCAUUGAAUCAUUGAUUCAUAACUCAACGUGGUCUGUGGCUGUUAGUGUAUCAAACAGGUUUGGUUCUGAUACUACAGAUUAUACUAAUGUCACUGGUAAUAUAACUAGUAAUAAAUGCUAUUCAGAAUCAAUUCCAUCAUCGUCAAGCAUUAAGUCUACUUCCUUCUUCAAUGUUGCAACAUCAAUUCAGACUUCAUUUGCUACAGUUAUAAUUACUAGUACAAUAUACAUCACUGCAACACCAUCAACUAACGAGUCUAAUGUGAUUCCAAUUGUUAUUGGUACUACAAUAACUGUUAUGAUAUUACUGAUUGCAGCAAUAAUAUUGCUAAUAAAUAUUUUUAUAGCCCUUAUAUGCUGUAAAAGAACUGCUACUGAGGUGCAUCAAGAUGGUAGAACUAAUGCUGUAGAAUUAGAGACCUGUCCAGCAUAUGGUGAUAUUUCAGUAGUCCAGACAGAGAAUAAUGAAGCUUAUAAUAAAAAGAAUGAAUUUAUGGGAAGGCACAAGAUUUUAUUUCUUUCUCUAUUUUGUGUCCUUUCUCCCUCAAUUGUGACUGUAGUGUCUGAUAGUGUGUCUUUGUAUCCAUCUGAGUCCAUUGUAGCUCCUUUUGAGAGUCCUGUCUCCUUUAAUUGCUCUUUCUCUUUCACUUCACAACAAGGCACUCUUCUAGCCUGGAAUGUUAGUAAUGAGAUACUGCUGUCAUCAUCACCAGACAGAGGGAUUACAAUUAAUACAUUAAUAGCUCAAGCUGGAGUGUCCAAACUGUCAGUUGUUCUUAAUUCUACUAAUUCUGACUUACAUAUUCAGUGCCAAGCAUGUCCUGGAUCACUUGGAUGCAAUAUUUUUUCACCUCCUCAGUAUUUUUCAAACUCUACUGAUCCAGUGCAAGUGAUUGCUUUUGGUCCACCCAAUUCUUCUUCAUUAUCCCACGAGUUAAGAGAAAAUGCUACUGUUAAGUUGUCAUGGUUACCUCCUCUAGUAGAAGCCGUACCAUUAUUCACAUAUAAUAUAAUAAUAAUGGAGUCAACUAAUAAUUCUCUGAUGGUAACUGAUAUAAACAUUACUAACAAUACAUAUGUAAUAAUAUCACCUGCUAAUAUAACUAAUUAUACUGAAUGUACUUCAUAUCAAUGGGGAGUAAGAGCAGCUGCUAAUUUAAGUUAUGGAUUUACUAAUGUAACAAUGGCAAAUGAAGCUUUCACUUUGAUUUCAGGUCCUAAAAUAUCUGAUGAAUUGACUGUUAUUGAUGAUAAUUAUACCAUUGAAUUCAAUGUUACAGCUCCAUGUGAUAUUGAUCUAUUAAACAAUUACACGUAUACUUUACUACAAAGAGAUUACUGUCAGACAGAACUCAAUUCAUCACAACUUAAUAUCAGUAUACCACUUGAUGAUAAUGUUCUACCUAACGCAAUGAUACCAAUCAAUAUUAGCAUUGAAUCAUUGAUUCAUGAUUUAACAUGGUCAGUAGCUGUUAAUUUAUCAAACAGGUUUGGUUCUAAUACUACAGAUUAUACUAACAUUACUAAUAAUUCAGAAAUUAUUCAGAACUGCAAUCCAAUGACCUCUUCAUCAGUAUCACAAGAAUCAUCAUCAAAUAUUUUAUCUAGUCUAAUUACAUAUACUGUUUCUCCCAUCUCCUCCACCCUCUCCACCUUAUCAAUUUCCUCUCCCACUCCUUCUGUUACUCCAAGUGGAGAAAGCGGUAGUAGCAAUACUAUCAUAGUAACUGCUGUUGGAGGAGGAGGAGGAGGAGCUGUAGUCCUGCUUUGUAUAACUAUUGUUACAUGUGCUGUAUGUAAAGUGAAGAAUAAUAGAAAGUCCUAUGACAUGAAAGAUGAUGUGAACAAAGUAGAGGAUCUUAAUGUAAUUGACACUAGUAUGGUAAUAGAGUCACCUAGAAUUACAGUCAAAAGCUCACCAGUUGAUUCAACAGACAUUGUUAAUGAAGACUAUAAUGUCAUCAUCAUUGUAAUAGAGUCAUCUAGAGUUACAGUUGAUAGUUCACCAGUUGGUUCAUCAGACAUUGUUAAUGAAGACUACAAUAGUCAUCAUGUAGAGACUUCUUUUGAGACACACCUGCCAGGUAAUCCUGAUCCUACUUAUCAAGAGCCAGUAAAAGCCCUUUCUCAAGUAAAAGCAGUCCCACCAUCAGCAACAAAACCUCAAGAAUAUUCAACUCCUGUUAAUACUCCUUCAACGUUUGCUCCUCAGUUAAGUGAGACAAAGCCAGCGAUUGAUACUGAACUGAUUCAAGACACACCUGGAUACACUGAAGUACCUGCUCACAUGAAGAAGAGUACCGGUAGCAAAAAAAAGCAAGAAACAAAAAAUCAAAAUGAUCCAUUACCUCUUGCUCCCAAUGAUGAAACUGAAGCAACACCUGAUUCCAAGUUAGCGACACACCAGUAUGCCGAUUUAGAUGAAAUAAGAUCAAGGAAGGGACGUCCUCCUCCACCCACAGUCAUUAAUGAUGUUAAUUAUUCAGAAGUAAUCACAUCUUAGUUAAUAGCAGUCAGAUCAUUGCGUACAUAUAUAUUUAGUGUUCAUCAGUUCAUUAUAUUGAUUUUUAUUCCUAUAUCAGUGUGACAUACGUCCAGCUUUACUUAUUUUAUUUAAUCAUUUGUUUUUAUUAAUAAUUAUCAAUGACUUUAAAAAUAAUGAUAGGAAUGAAGUUAAUAGCAGUCAGUUCAUUACGUAUGUAGUGUUGUGUUCACCAGUUAUAUUUACUUACCAUCAUUAUCAUUAUUAUAUUAUUUAUUACCAUUUUAUCAAAAUAUGUAUGUCACUGUAUUAUCAUUAUUAUUAUCAUUUAUUAUUACCUGCACAUUACUCUGAUUUCUUUAUUCCAGGUAAUUUAUUUGAUUUUUAAUUUUUAUUAAUUUUUAUUUCCUCUGUCUGUGUGACAUCUCCAGCAGUUUCACUUAUUUCAUUUAAUCAUGUGUUUUUAAUCACAAAAAAUGAUAGGAGUAUGACAGUUAAAAACAGCGACAACCAA